AAAAAACGAAGCACACUGUUGGACAUAUCGAUUAGAAUAAGUGUAUGUCAUUGCUACAUAAAUAUUCUAAUAAUAAUAAGGUAGAAUCUGAAUUUUUUUCUAGAUAAUUUUACAAGUAAAUUAAUAGAGCGAAAUCAAAUACGUGAAAAAGUAUUCGCUCAUCUCAUUUCAAUGACUGAACAACUGAAAUACUUUCAAGUUGAACGAUUCGAAUGGCUUUUACAUAUUGUUCAAUACGUAAGACAUUCUUUUAUUUAUGAAUUAAGUAUAUAUCCGUACAUAUAUCCUUGUUAAACAUAAUUCAUUUAAAUAUGUUCGAUCGAAUGAAUUGAAUGGUGAAAUUUUUAUUUUAAUAAUGAGUAAGCACUUUAGAGGUAUUAAAAAAAGAUGGUUUUCAUUAGCACUUGUCGUUAUGUAUUUAUCGUGAUCAAAGAUUAUUGGCGACAUAAAGAGAUCAACUGUUUUUUUACUCGUACUACUUUAAAGCAUUUACAUUGAUUUACCAAAAAACUCUAAUUGAACAGUAUAAUCUAUUAUUGUUUUUUUUUUGUUGUUUUCUAUUUAGAUACCGGACGAACUAAGAAUGAACGCAUUAAGUACUGUUCGAUAUGCUGAAUUUGGUCUUCCGAGUUGUCAUAAGGGUAGAGGCGACGUAGCUCAUAUUGGUAAAUAUCUUGUGUCUUUUCUUAACACAUAUAUGCCUCAUUUACAAACAUUACGUCUUUGGCGACCAGACGAUUUUCCUUGGACAACUAGUAAGUUUAUUUUAAACAAACAAAAUUAG